AUGAGCGAACACGAGCAAGAAACGAACGAACCGCCUCAGCUCACCCCCCAGCAACUGGAAAAGCAGGAAGAGGCCAAAUUAAAGUCCAAAUACAACAUUGCGACAGGGGGACCUCCAUUGAAAGCUAGCGGUCAUUCCUCCUUCCUCCAGAAACGCUUAUCCAAAGGACAGAAAUACUUCGAUUCGGGAGAUUAUCAAAUGGCCAAGCAGAAAUUUGGAAACAUUAACAAGCCACCUGGAUUGAAUCUACCUGGGCCUGUUUCGUAUGUGGGCACCGGCGACACCAUUCCGACACCUGACACUGUUCCUGUAAGGAAAACGUCCAUCGUCCAACCGAAAUAUUCGAAUGUUAGUUAA